AUGUCUGCUCAACCUGCAAACGACACGCCUGCUGCCGCGGCGGCUCCUGCUGCUGCUCCCGCAGCGGCUGCUGACGCUCCUGUUGCUGCUGCUGCCGGUGCUUCUGCUCCUGCUGCCGAUGUUGCUGCUGCGGCUCCCACCGCUCCCGCAGUCGCCGCUGCCCCUGAGGCCCAGCAGCAGAAGACUGAGGACGCUGCUCCUGCUCCGGCCUCCCAGGCUACCGAGACGAAGCCAGAGGAGAAGAAGGAGGAGAAGCCCGCUGCUGCUGCUGCUGAGAAGCCUGCUGAGGAAAAGAAGACUUCUCUUGCCUCAUUGUUUGAGAAGCUUCCCGGCAUUCUCGAGGCCGCUAAGCACAAGGAGAUGUGGGGUGUCCAGCUCUCUGACAACACUCACGUCCCGACCACUGUUGUCCUCCAGAAGUUCUUGCGCGCCAACGACGAUGAUGUCGCCAAAGCCGCUGACCAGCUGCAGAAGGCUCUUGAGUGGCGCCGCGAUACUAACCCCGGCAAGCUUCUCGACGAUGUUUCUUUCGACAAGAAGAAGUUCGAUGAGCUCGGUUAUGUGACCACCCACAAGGACACCGAGGGCAAGGAGAUCAUCAUCACUUGGAACAUCUACGGCGCUGUCAAGGACAAGCAGGCUACCUUUGGCAACGUUGAUGAAUUCAUCAAGUGGCGUGCUGCUCUCAUGGAGCUCAGUGUUCGCAAGCUGGGCUUGGACAAGGUCCAGACCCCCAUUCCCGAGGGUGGCGAGGACCCCUACCAGAUGAUCCAGGUCCACGACUACCUCAACGUUAGCUUCUUGCGCAUGGACCCCGCCGUCAAGAAUGCCUCUUCCCAGACCAUCAAGAUCUUUGCCAUGGCUUACCCGGAGCUGCUCAACCACAAGUACUUCGUCAACAUUCCUGCCCUGAUGGGUUGGGUCUUCAAGGCCAUGAAGGUGUUCCUUGCGCCCAAGACUGUUGCCAAGUUCCACCCUCUUGGCUACGGAUCUGAGUUGGGCAACGAGCUCCCUGCUCUGAAGCAGUCUCUCCCCAAGGACUACGGCGGCAGCGGCGAGAGCAUCAAGACCACCGGCCAGACCGUGAAGCUUGCUGAUGCCGCAGCUCCUGUUGCCCCCGCCACCGAGACCAAGGCUGCUGAGACUCCUGCCCCCGCUGCCCCUGCCGCUCCUCAGCCGGAGAAGGCCGCCGAGGCUGCCCCCGCGGCCUCUGAGCCUGUCAAGGCGGAAGCUCCCAAGGAGGAGGCUCCCAAGGCAGAGGGCUCCGAGGUCCCCAAUGUCGCCGACCUCAGCAUCAAGGACGAUGCUGAGGCCAAGGAGGCUGGCAAGGAGGAGGCUAAGCCCACCGCUGCCUAA